AUGGUGCCUGAGGAGGUCAAGGCAAUGGUGCCUGAGGUUAAACAAGCAAUAAAUGAUGUACUUAAGAAAAUAAUUGAUUAUGGUGGUAGACGAGUGGUUGUUCCUGGACAUUUUCCAAAUGGCUGUUUACCAAUCUAUCUUACCAGAUUCAAAACCAAUGAUACUACUGCUUAUGAUGAAUUUCAAUGUCUUAAAGAACUAAACAACCUUUAACUAAACAACCUUUCAGUUUAUCACAAUCAGCUGCUCCAACAAACCAUUGAAGGCUUGAAGAAAGAAUACUCUAAUGUAUCUAUAGAAUAUGGCGAUUACUAUAGUGCAUAUCAAUGGAUUUUGCGCCAUGCUUCAUCUCUUGGGUUUGAUGUAAAAUCUUUACAAAAAGCAUGUUGCGGAGUUGGAGGUGAUUAUAAUUUUGAUCUGCAGAGGACGUGUGGUGCUAGUGAUGUGACAGUGUGUGCUGAACCGUAGAAAUAUGUCAAUUGGGAUGGAGUACAUUUCAUAGAAGAAGCAUAUAAGCAUAUUGCAACACUGCUUAUUCAUGAAAUGAACAUUAAGGGUCAAUGUAAUUCUUAUUAAUUAUUGACUUGAUAUUUACUUAUAUUGAAUAACUAUAAUUUUAUUGGUA